CCAUACUCGAGACUGGAAUUCUCGCGAUACAUUCACAACGGUGCACUGAAGAUGGCAGCGCUAAUGGCUUGUUAGCAUUGUGCAAUGUUGCUUUCCCUAUUGCGCUAUAUGGAAGAGAAAGUACUCAACUCAUAUUAAGGAAUGUUUCCUGAUUGGGUAACACUGGGAGCACUUCUGGCAUCUGGGUGGAUUCAAAGAUGUAGCAACUGUGAAUUGUCUCCUUCAUGAUAUUCAUCAAUUCCCCUGACCAGACACAGUUGGCAAGUCAGGUGACAUCUCCUUCAGCACUCCAUCCCUGGCUGAACAUCCAAAUUUUUCCACCAUGCUGUUCUCGUUGCGUGAACUUGUCCAGUGGCUAGGCUUUGCCACUUUCGAACUCUUCCUCCACUUAUUUGCUUUGCUGGUCUUCAGCAUGCUAGUUGCCCUGCGAGCAGACAUGUUUACCCCAAUGUUAAGCUGGUGGCUGGUGUUUGUUCCUCUGUUUGCCGCGGACGGUCUCAGCACCUACUUCACAGCCAUAGUAUCCAUCCGUCUGUACCAGGAGAAUGAGAAACGCCUGGCGGUGCUGCGGCUGCUCUGGGUGCUGACGAUGCUCAGCCUGAAGCUGGUGUGCGAGGUGCUGCUGUGUCAGAAGCUGGCCGAGCAAGAACAAGCCAGAGACCUUUGGUACGGACUGAUCAUCUCACCGCUGUUCAUCCUUCUGCAAUUGCUGAUGAUUAGAGCAUGCCGGGUUAACUGAGAAGGUUGUCGGAUCAUCUUAAGUGAGAAGAGAGUCUUAAAUUUGCCACUGAGAGAUUCAACACAUAACAAUGUUAUGUUUUAGUUUCGCUCUUUGGCACCCCUUGUUAUUCGUGAACGUACAUUAGAUACAUUAUAUAUCCGUGUUCCAUGAAUUGCACACUUUUUUUUUUAAAUUUGUAUCUGUGUUUCUGAUUGAACAAAAACAUUCAAUGGUGGUUUAGAUGUUCAACACUUAAAGAUGUCUGCUUUAUUAUGGUGAAAUCCGUUCUUCUGUGUUAAUGCGGCCUAGAGAAAAUGAAAAAAAUAGAUUUUAUUUUACCUUCACAUUUAAACAUUUCACCAUUCCGUGACUUUUUGAGGCUGCACGUCGUGAGAGUCAUCGUUGACAUCAGUAAGAGGAUUUGGGUCAAAAUGUUACUCUUCAUCGUGCAAUCAGAAACAAACUUUGAGCUUAAAAGAAGCAUAUGUAGGUUUAUAUCUUUAAAUGUACAUCUGCACGCUACAUAAACAUAGAAUCGGGAACAUGGAAGCAGCAGUUGCACCACGAUUGUUAUUUGUUUUUGUCAAGGAAAUAUUAAUGUGAGACUGUGGGUAUAUUCUUACAGAAUUGUGCUUGGUGUCUACGAUGGUAUUUACGCAAAUGAAAAGAAUGUUUAGGGAGGCAGCUUUGUCUGAAAUUGCACUCUUUUCACGGUGUUCACAUUUCCUUUUUUUUUUUUUUUUUUUAAUUCUUUUGCUGUGUAUGUCCUGCAUGUAUUUAAGACCUUUUUUUGAAUUGUUAUGUGAACAUGUACAGUAUGCGCUAUGUGACAAUUUAUUUUUCAUCUUUUUCUGUACAUAGGUUGUAAAUAAAGCUAUAUUUAAACACCUUUCUAAUGUGAGG